AUGGAUGCUGCCGCCCGGCCCACGAGCGAGUACGAGCUCCUCCCGCCGCAGGGGAAUGCCCAACACGCCACCGGUGGUGCUGCUACCACAGGCAGCCACAAUGAGAACGCCGACGCUGAAGCCUCUUCGAGACGCUCGUCUUUGUCAGCGUCGAGUGGCGAGUUCGAGUACAUGGCGGGUGGAAUCAGCAUGCUCCCGGACACGCACUACGGCCCGGCCUUCGGCAUCAUCAGCCCCGCUUCCAGCAUCAGAUCAUCAAGUCGACGUCAUUCACUACAAGACGGCGAUGAUCCGGAGGAGCACGCAUCAUCCUCUGAGUAUCACGAUGAUGACUACGUUUCCGUGUCCAGAGCUUCCAGCGACGUCGGCGUCUACCCUACAGCGGACGGAAUCCAUGAUGGUCGGAGGUCGCUGGAGACAGCAGCAGCGGAGGGACAGCAGUCAGCCGAGACGCUGGUCGAGGACCGAGGCGGGAUGGUGCCGCAAGUCGACGACGAGGUUGUUGUUGACGUCGCGGAGAAAAGAGGAGUAGGAGUGCUGGUGGAAGCGCCGACUCGGCCGUGGACGCCGUUCUACCUGCGACGGAUGACGCUUCUGGGCUUCACCCUCGUCUAUGUCGUGCUGUUGGUGGCACUCGUCGUCCUGGGAGCGUUGGACCAGAGGAACCAGGGUCUGGCCACCUCGAAAUCGAGCAGGCAUUAUCUCUGGACCUACGGUCCUACUGCCGUCCUGACGAUCGUGGCCGCGCUCUGGGGCCAGGUUGAGCAUCGGACUAAGCAAAUGAUGCCGUGGGAAAUCCUGAGAAAGGGUCCGUCGCCGGCGGCGGAUACCCUGCUGCUCGACUAUGUUGAGCCGGCACGGCUGACUUCGCUGUGGGUGUCUUUGAAGAAGACGCAUUGGCCGGUGUCGAUCGCUAUUGUUGGGACCUUGCUUCUGCAGCUGUUGACGGUCGUGUCUACUGGUCUUUUCCAGCUUCAGAGCGAGAUGAUGAAUCAUACAGGCGUUGCUCUGCUCUACGGAAAUGAGUUUGCCUCCGAACCGGCAAACAAUUUUGCCGUUGGAGCUGCGCCUGUGUUGUCGGCGAUUGCAUUGAGCAAUGGCAACCUUUCAUACCCGGCUGGAACUUCUGAAAACCUUGCCUUUCCGGCUUUGAGCCUCAAGCAUAAUAUUUCAGACGCACAAAAUCUUAGCAUUUCCUCGACUGUCGAUGUCUUUCACGCCGGACUUGGUUGCGAAGUAAUUCAGGACCCACAGUGGAAUGACGACUGCUUUGUUGGUUCGAGCUUCUACGGAGACUGUAAAAGCGCCAUGCCUAAAGUCAGCUUCAACACUUCCUCGUGCCAAAUUAAAGACCUUGAGGCAGGAUUGAUAUCCGGAACUUCGCAAGCAGGCGUAUACGGAGUUGGCGUCACUGCCAACUGCACCAAUGCCCCUUCGGAUAACCGUCUUGUGAUAGCUAUGAUCCGAUACGGGAUUGGGAGAAAUUAUACCGGCGAGUAUCCGGAAAAUUCCAGUCCGGAACUCUCUAUGGAACCUGCACCAAUUCUCCUGUGUAAGCCGAGCUACGCCAUCGACUCUCGAGACAUCGUCAUGGAUGGUUCGGGAAAACUGGUCUCUGUGGGCCCUCAAAAUUCGUCGACUUCCAGAGGAGAGGACCAACAACCAAUACAACAGUGGGAUCUUGUAACGAACAUCCUGGAUUCGGUAAACAAUGCAAGUAAUGCGGCAAGCGGGCCCGCAAACGAAAUCCAAGACAUCGGCUCCGACGGGUCUACUCGCUCAGCACUGGACAGCUUCAUGUAUUGCCUUGUAGCCUUUUUGAACCCGAGCAACAUCACAGACUUGCUCGACAUUGAUCUGUUGCAAAAAGAAAGCGAAAGAUUCUACAACGUCGUUUCCGCCCAGAUGGCAAAGGACUACCUGAUGGUUCCCUCGGACAGGGAGGUAUCCGGAGACGUAACGGCAGAUCAGCAGCGCCUGCGGAUUCGGGGUUUGUCGUUUUACAUGAUGGAGGUCAUCCUUGGCGUUCUCAUCGUCAUUGCCGCUGCACUCUAUUUCCUGGCACCGCGCAACAACACCAGCAGAGAUCCGGGAUCCAUUGGCGGCCUUGCCGCGAUAAUGGCAGAAAGUCCAUCUCUCUACCAGUCCUUGUCUCGAUGCGGAAGCGCUGGUAUCUCGACUCUGCGCAGCCGCCUUUCCACUUACAGUACCUUGAGCUUCAUGCAGCUGUCCGGUGGCAGGCCUGAAUUCCGUGUCGUUAUGGCUCCUGGUAAUCCCGUUGCACCAGUGAGAGCCUCUGACGCGGAAUCAGGCGAAGACAAGAUUCGUUGGUGGAGACCGCUGGCCAUGUCGCGGGUCACCAAGACUGGGGUUACGUUGUACCUACUACUGCUUAUUGCGGCUUUGGAAUCCACCUAUCAAGCUUCGGUCAAGCACGAUGGCCUCGCCGACGUGGAGACUGAGAGCUAUGUUCGCUACACCUGGUCGUACAUACCAGCCCUGAGCAUGUUCAUUGCCCAGCUUCUUGUCGGCAUGAUUGGAGACGUAUCAAAGAUCUUCGCCCCUUUUCAUGAACUUCGCCGAAAGGGCCCUGUUCCAGCAAAGGCGCUCUUCAGUGACCCUUUGUCCCAUGUCACCAUCCAGACGGUUUUCACCGCAAUUCCCACCAAACAGUUUGCACUGUUGGCAAUGAGUCUAGCCAUGCUCCUCACUCCUCUCCUAACCAUCGUAGCCUCCGGUCUUUUCUCGCCCGAAACAUCAGAAUACACGCAAGCCGUCACAGCCAAGCUCACCGACGCCUUCAACCUGACCGACGCCACCAUCAGCAUGCAAAGCGCCUUCGUCAUCGGCCUCCUCCUCCAAAGCAACCUCUCCUACCCCGCCUGGACGUACGGCGAGCUCGCCCUCCCGCAGCUGCGCCUCGACACCAUCCAACAAACCGGCAAGCCCAUCAACGCCUCCGCCCCCUCUUUCAACAGCUCCACCAUCAACCUCACCGUCCCCGCGCCCCGCGCCUCCCUCAACUGCACCUACCUCCCGCCCGGCGACAUCUACGUCUUCACCGAUGACUUUUCAGCCUUCACGCAAGCCGCGACGCCGACCCUGCUCGCCAACAACAGCGAUUGCACCCCGCUCUACUCCACCCUCGAAGGCACCAAUCUCCCCCCGCGCCCCUUCGGCUGGACGCAGUCGGUCAUCGGCGACUGCGGCUACAUCCGCGGCGUCUACGGUCCAUCCACGGCCGACAACGCCACGGCCCAGGGCUUCGCCUGCGUACCGUCGAUCGAACAGGUGCAGGUGAACCUGACGCUGCGGCUGCCGGGGUACGACGUCGUCGACGCCGUGGCCCUAGAAGGUACAGCGGAACCGUACGAUGCGGCGGCGACAGGCUGGGACUGGAACAACUUCGACCUCGCUGACAUCCUGCCUGGCGCGGGGUACACGGACGCCGCGAGCACCACCGACGAUGAUGGCGAGACGGCGGCGACGAACGCUACGGGGAGCCCCCUGGGCGACUUCGACACCACCUUCCAAGCCAUCCUCGACUCCGCGCCCAACAUCACCGCCGCGUCCGACCUCUUCGGCCCCGACGCCUUCCCCCGCGUCGCCAGCAGCCUCCAGCACGUCUUCCGCCUCGCCUUCGCGCAGGUCGUGAACCGCGAGUUCCGUGUGCCUGUGGCUGCUGCUUCCUCUUCCUCUUCCUCCGCCUCCUCCUCCUCCUCCUCCUCCCCCUCCUCCCCCUCCACCAGCGCUGGGACUGUACUAAACGCCACCCUCACCAACCCCCACCGCCUCCGCCUCAAACAAAGCUCCCUCUCCACCCGCCUCCUCGAAUCCCUGCUGGCCGCCAUAGCAGUCUGCCUCGUCGCCGGCUGCGCGCUGAUGGACGACGUCCGCGAAGUGUUGCCGAAGAAUCCGUGCAGCGUCGCGGCGGCGGCGAGUCUGGUGGCUGAUGCGGGCGUGGUGAGGGGCGCGGCGGAGGUGGCGAGGGAGAAGACCAAAGGGACAGGCGCGCCGGGGGUGGCGUGGUGGGGGGAUGGGGAGGUGCUUGGGGGAAAGGUUUUUGAGGGGGUUGGACGGGGAGAAGGGGGAGAACGGGAAGGGUUUAGUAUGGGGUGGUGGGGGGAUGGCGGCAUCAGAGGUGAAUUGAGGAGGUUUGGGGUUGAUUGGGGGAGGGCGGGGUGGGAUUGA